UUCCAAGGAAGAAUAAACUUUUAAAAGAUGAUCACUGACGGGGCUGCCAUGGGCAGGAAAAGUGUUGGUAAGGAAUACCCCAGUCACGGGUCAGUACUAGGAGGGAAGCCUAACCGCUGUGUCAUUCAUCCACUGCAGUCUAGUAUGGUUGCUGAAGCACUAGAAAGAAGAAAUAAGGACUGGAUUGUUAGGACAAAAGAUGCAACUGAUUUAAUAGUGCAGGUUGGAGACUUUAGUUUUCACUUGCAUAAGCUUGCUAUGGUUUCGAAAAGUGGAUAUCUGAGGAGACUUGCAUUCGCUGAAAGGAGUGGGGAAGAGAAUGGGAGCAGCCUCAAGAUCAUACUGGAAGAUCUUCCAGGUGGAACCAAGAGUUUUGAAUUAGUUGUGAGCUUCUGUUAUGGAGGGAAGAUAGAUGUAACAGCUACCAACAUUGCUCCACUCUAUUGUGCUGCAACGUUCUUGGAAAUGACUGAAGAUCUUCAGCAAGGAAAUCUCAUUUCAAAAACAGAGGCCUUUCUAAGUUAUUUAAUGUUGUCAUCUUGGAAAGACACUUUCCAGAUACUUAAAAGUUGUGAAUCUGUAUCUUCUUGGUCCAAAGAAUUACUAAUUGUGAAGCGGUGUUCAGAUGCCAUUGCUUGGAAGGCCUGCAUAGACCCAAAAGCAUUUGCUACUCUAGAAGAAGAUGAAGCAUUUUGCUUGACCCUUCUGGCAAAUAGCCAUGGAAACUUGAAUGUUGAAGAAUCAUCUGAAAAAUGGUGGUUUGAAGAUGUUUCAACCCUUCGAAUAGAUCAUUUUGUCCAAGUGAUUGAGUCCAUCAAAAGCCGAGGGAUGAAAUCAGAGCUUGUGGGAUCUUGUAUAGCUCAUUGGACGGUGAAAUGGUUCUCAAGAAUCACCUCCGGAUUUGAUAAUCUGACCCCUAAGCAUCUGGCUCAAAAGCUACAAAGGAUUACAAUUGAAAGUCUAAUUAAGAUGCUUCCUAUGGAAAAAAAUUCAGUUUCUUGCAACUUCCUGCUUCACCUUCUCAAGUUGGGCUUGACAAAGCAAAUUAAUUCUGAAGCACUGAGCAAGCUGGAAAGAAGAAUAGCUUUCAUGUUGGAGGAAUGUUCUGUUCAAGAUCUCUUGGUUAAGAAUUAUGGAAGCAAGGAUACUACAUAUGAUGUGGGGAUUAUCAUUAGGGUGGUCAAAACUUAUGCUUUAUUUGCUCUGAAAUACUCUGAGCCGAGAGUAUGCAUCGUUGGAAGGUUGAUGGAUGGUUAUCUCCCUCUAAUUGCAAAGGAUACCAACCUGACAGUUGAUGAUUUCAAGUCACUUGCAGAAGCAUUACCAACAAAUGCUCGAUACAGUGACGAUAACCUUUACAAAGCCAUGGACAUGUACCUCCUGGCACACCCUAAUCUAACAGAGGAAGAAAGAACAAAUGUGUGCGGAGCAAUGCAAUAUCAUAGACUAUCACAAGAUGCACGCCAGCAUGUAAUGAAGAAUGAUCGAUUGCCCUUGAAAAUUGUGAGAGAGUUCAUGCUUCUUGAGCAAGUAAAAAUGGCUAGAUCAAUCACAGCAUGUGAGUCGAAUGAUCAUCCAAGGACAAAGACUCGAACAAUAAUGAAAGUCACUAAAGGUUUAGAUAGGGGAUGCCUCACACCUAAAAGGGAGAUCAGUAUGAUAAGAAAAGAGGUGGAGAAUAUGAAGAUGCAACUCGAUCAGUUGCAAACGUGUAAAGUAAAGCUUCAGAGACAAGUUAAAAGAUGCAUCAAGUAAAAGAUAAAGCUUAGUUUUGAUAAUUAAAUUACUGAGAUUAAAGGAAUUAGUUUGUUUCAAGGAGCAUGUGUACUUCCUCUUUAGUUGUAGACCAAGUAGGAUUAGGUGGUAAGUGCAGGGGUCUAACUAUGUGUA